AUGGGGGGAGACUUACUGCGAUGGCAGUGUAGACGCGAAGCGGCCACGACGCUUCAGAAAUAUCGACGACGUCUUACGCUACGGCGGGCUUACGUGUUGCUGCGCUCAGCUUCGGUGAAGGUUGGAGCCAACUACCGGAGAUGGCGCACUCAACGUGACUGCUUCCAGCGGAGGCUUGCUGUUGGGAUACUACAGAAAGCGUCGAGGCGGUUCGUUUUUAAUACACGUCGGAGAAGGGCUGCCAACCUCCUUCAGAGCGCAUACCGCUCCAGUGCACGGGUCAAGCACGGCCGCAAGGAAAGGAAGAAGAUCCUCGACGCUGCGAACGUCCUUCAGCGCUCGGCCAGGGCCUGGGUGGCGCGCCGGGUGGUAGGGUGGAGACGGGAAGUCCAGCGACGGAAUCGGGCAGCGGCGGCCCUACAGCAUGCGAUGUGGAGACACCUGUGGAGGCGCAAGAAGCACCGCCAACACGUCGCCGCGGCCCUCACACUCUGGAAGUUCAUGGGAGGGCUCUCGGUGACGUUAUCGCGAAUAAGGAAGCGACGGAAGUCAGUGGCCGCUACCAGAAUUCAGGCGGUUGCUCGCCAGUAUAUCUCCCUGGUGAAGACAAGGGAGAUAUUGGACAUGCAUCGGAAAGAACGCGCGGCUGCCACAAGGAUUCAGGCAGCUUGCCGCGGCCGGCGAUAUCGCAAACACUUGACCACACUUCAAGUGGAACAGAAGGAAUGCCGUGCAGCCACAAUGAUUCAGGCCGCGUGCCGGGGGCACAUAUCCAGAGUGAAAACGAUCAAGCGUCGCGCAUGCGCUCUGAAAAUACAGACCUUGCUCCAUCCACGGAGAAAAGCCAGAUAUACUUCCCGGCGUGAACAAGGCGCUUUAGUUCUGCAGCGAGCUUGGAGAAGGAAGAUAAUCGGCCAAGACGCCAAGACGCAGGACGAGCCCACCACCACCAGCGAACAGCGACGAUCCUCAUCGGCGACAUCACCACGUCCGGAACCGCCGCGCACCUUGGAUCGCGCCAACGUUCAGCUGGCGGUUGAAUCUCUCGCGAAGGGCAUGCGGAGGCGCGGAGUUCUGGAUCCGAUCAUCGCCGAGAAUCUUAGCGACACGCUAGCCCUCGGCCAGGACGACCCCGUGCUGGAAGUCGCCCUACGACAAGGACUGUCAAACCUUGAGCAAGCUUUGCUUUGGUCGACCAGGACCAUCUCGACCAACACAGGACUCAAACAGAUGGCGGCAGAAAGUGUGGCGGUGGUGAGGGGAGGAAAGGAUGUAGCUCUGCCACACAGUUUGAAAGAGCUGGAACAGGGCUUGCUGAGGCUGAGACCAUCGGAUUGAGGAUGUUAGAGGUGGGGGUCCCUCCCAUAUGUAGUCGGUAUUCGUCAUGAAAGCCAACGAAUAGGCCGGAUGGCCCUGGGCAUCUUGUUCGACACGAGACUUGAGUCUACAUCAACGAGAUCGUUUAUCUUGGGUGACACACAAUGUGUCGGAGAGCAAUAAGAGCCGUUUUAAACGGACCGACUUUUUGUCAAAAAUUUUGAAAGUGUCAAAAAAAUGGAACCUGUAUGUAAGCGUUUGUCCAUUUUUUUCAAAAAUAUUUGGAACGAAGUUAGGCGCGAAAACUUUGCUCCACUUCGUUCCAACUUUUUGACAACCCUCUCAAAGUAUUUGGAGCACUUUCCAAAGUACCCUUGCAGAGGCACGCGAGGGCUGCUGCGUCUGCACCACGAGUGCCCCUCACCGUAGAAAGUCAGCUAGNGAAGUUGGGCGCGAAAACUUUGCUCCACUUCGUUCCAACUUUUUGACAACCCUCUCAAAGUAUUUGGAGCACUUUCCAAAGUACCCUUGCAGAGGCACGCGAGGGCUGCUGCGUCUGCACCACGAGUGCCCCUCACCGUAGAAAGUCAGCUAGGGUUGUGUGUGAAUCACCUGUCGCUGUCGCUAUUGCUAUCGUCGCUGUUGCCAACGUUGACGAUGCUGUCUGCUGUUGUUGUGUCGUCCGAAAAACGGCGGUCCGCCAUGAUGGCUUGCAGUUGUUGCUUCGCGUCCGCCGCUUUGUUUUUUCCUUUUCCCGGGGGGGUAGGAGCAGUGGUUGCCACCCCUCGCCGGCGGAGUGUUGGUGGCGGCAGCGCCUCCCGUGGUAACAUGAGUGUUCCCCGAGAUGCCAGGCAGCAGCACUAUCUUGCUGGAGAGCAAGCCUCCACCGCCUACGGCGGCACCGAGAGAGCCCGUCUGCUGGAAUUUCGCCGGGGUUUUGGUCUGCCGGCCACGCGGGGUGGUCGUGAUAUCCAUGUCGGUGUCCAUGAUGUCGUGUUUUCCGCGGUUUGUGUUGUGUCGUGUGUGUUGUCUCGAAGUGAGCGCUACAACUCACGGACGGCGUCAUUUUUUUUUACACAAGUUGCACAAGUCCACGUCACACGUUUAAAAUGACUGCACACAGGUCCCAAGUUUUUGAAAGACAAAUGUCGAAAAUUUUGACAAGAAAGUCGGUCCGUUCAAAACGGCCGUAACAAUGACUCUACGCACCCGCAACACAGAUAAAGUCGGACCUACCUCCUACUUGGCCCCGCAACCUCCAUGGUUGCCUGACAGCCUUCCAUGCAGGCGGCCGCAUCCGUAACACCAUGUCCUUGAACUGCUGUGCACAUUUCAGAGUCUUGAAGACACUUUCCCCAAGCGAGCAUCGCAUGCCAUGAGUCAUUCCGCGAUCACGACAACCGACGUCGGGAGGUCACCAAUUUCCUCUCUGCCGAUUUUUCGUUCUCUCCCUCGCCUCAGCCACGGCGAAAAAAGCAGAAGGGACGGUCGACCCCCGUCUACGCAAUCGAGAAAAAAACCUACUGCGGUCGGCAAUACAGAGUGCGUUUCGUACCACGGGUGGAUACCGCCAAACACAAGUAGCUGUGGUGGGACUUGCUUUUCUUCGUCACCAUGUGCCACCUCGCGAUUGGGCGACUGCUCGGCAUGUCACCAUCACUUCCUCCCACGCGCUUCACCCCCACGCUCAUACCGUUUUUUUGCGCAAAUAACCUCACAAAAAAAAAUCUCAAUCAGCACGGUGGAAUCUUUCUCACCAAGGAAGCCGCGAAAGGAUUGCGGAAAGUUGCUCAAGAAAAUCAUCGCACUUUUUCAUCUGCCGAGCCUCCAUCUUCACCGCCUUCCACUACACUAGGCCGAUCUGCCAUGUGCGACACCCCCGAGCGAGAAUGGCAAAAGAGUACAACCAGCACAUCAAAACUAACGGUGCCACGAUGUUUCCGCCUCGCGCCCGCACGAACCAGAGAGACCCAGGGCCAUGGGCACCCCGACAGGUCUGUUUUACAACAAACCACGACGGUCACGUUGCACAGUCAGCGCGCCGCCAUUCCAACGCCAGGCAUUUUGCCGUCGAGCACUGAAGUCCCCCUGGGACGUGGCCACAGCAUCACACGUUUCAUAUUGCCCACAUACGGUAAGUACAUUUUAUAUGCCGCAGCAGUCCAGCCAUGGCUUAACGGCAUUCCGCGCUUGGAGCUGACCGGCCGAAGCAGUCGC